AUGACUGCAGUGGCAUCCCCACCUAGUGUGCAAUCGGGGUCACGUCUGGGAUGGUACAGUGCUGGCAACGGAGGACAAGGAUCCCUUUCUUCGGUGAAUGCGGAAGACGUGUCACGGAUCUUCAUGCCUCGAAAACAACUCCAGCGUUCUAAUUCUUCGUCCUCGGUGGGCUCAAAUUCUUCCACCUCCACGGUCACCACGACCAACAGCUCCCAAGAUACAAAUGCCGGGCAGGGCUCCGGCUCUGAACAAAAUACGUGGUCAUCAAAGAAGAAGCCUGUGCGAAAUCCCUGGCCUAGUUCAAAGGCGGAGCCUGUUGCGGGCGUGACGACCACGCGUUCCCAGGUUGUCCCUGCUUUCUCAUCCGGUCCUACAGGCGCAUCGACGAUGACAGCCAUGCACCAGGCUUCAAAUGGUGUCUCCUCACACCAUUUGCUCCAGAAUGCCCAGCAGAAUGGUGGUCGACAAAUGAACGGACAGUCUGCUGAUCCGCCUGCCAUCCUCGCACUCACCCCCCUGAAUAACACGUUUGAAAAGAAACAGAUCAAUGUACCUUUUUUCCCUGAGGUACUGAGGAUUGGUCGCCAGACUAACGCUAAGACUGUGCCCACCCCUGUGAAUGGGUUCUUUGACUCCAAGGUGCUUUCUCGUCAGCACGCUGAAAUUUGGGCCGAUAAGUCUGGCAAGAUCUGGAUUCGUGACGUGAAGUCAUCAAAUGGUACAUUCGUCAACGGUCAUCGGUUGUCGCUCGAAAAUCGCGAAUCUGAGCCCCACGAGCUGCGAGAGCAUGACACAUUGGAACUCGGAAUCGACAUCGUCAGUGAAGACCAGAACACCAUUGUUCAUCAUAAGGUUUCUGCCAAAGUUGAGCAUGCUGGUCUCUAUGGUACAGCACCCAACAUCCUCGACCUCAAUUUUGGCGACCUCGAUCCCGCUUCCGGGGGUGGUUUACUGCCAUCACCUCUCAGCCAGCCUCUGUCACACCUACGAGGACGCUCUGGUAGCAACAUAAGCAACCGCAGUGUGCAAAGUAAUGCCAGCAAUCACUUGAAUGCUAUGCAUCAGCAACGCCAGAUGAAUUACUGGAACUCUCCAAUUUCCGUGGAGCAAGUGGUUAAGAGAUUGACAAGCGAAUUGAAGCAAGCCAAGCAGCAGUCUUCAGAACUGCGACAAACGGACGAAUUCUUAACAGCGAUCAUGAAGCCUGGCUAUGCCGAGAAGGAAAAACUUAGCAAACCUUCACCUCUUGAAAGCAACGGCCCGCGUCAGCUCAAUGGGCGUCCCAAAAUGCCCCGCGUCGAUUCCUUCUCCAGAUUCUCAGAGCCACCGGCUCCUCCACCACAACAACCCCUGCCCGAGAAACCAGACGCACUCCCUCGUGGUGGUCCUGAUACUUUCUCGCCUUUGAAGCGCAGUGAUACUGAGAAGCCAAAAGCCGGGUCUCUCAACUCCCCCGUAGCGCGAGACUCUAGCCAAAUCUUGGCUCUUCUGGAAAGUCUUUCGAUGACUAAACGAGAAAUUGAAACGCAAGGCAGUCGCAUCAAAGAACUUGAGGAUCUUCUUCGUCAAGAGAAGGCUGCACGCGAGACUGCAGAGGAGAAAGUUAAGAUGCUGGAAAUGGACACUUCAUCGGACAAAGUUCCCUCCACGGAAGAUCAAGCUGUACACGAGAACUUGACUCAUCCCGAUCUCAAUUCCUCAACUGGCGAGGAAAAUGCCACCUCCGCGUCCUCGGCCGAGGAUCAAGGUUCCGUUCCAUCCUCUGAAAAGACCGGUGCUGUAGACUCACAAGAGCCGGAAACAUCCACCGAAUCACAACUUCAAGAGCGUCUGGAAUCUAUGAUGAAGCAAAUGGAGGAGAUGAGUAAGCAGAUGGCUUCACUCAAGGAUCGCGCAGAAGCUUCCGACCAGGAAAAUACCACUCUGCGCAAGUCUCUCGCAGAGAUGAUCGAAACCAUCCGCCAGGAACGCAAAGAGAGAGAAUUGGCCGCAGUUGCUCAAAUCAAAGCUCAACCCCACGCCAGUGACUCGGAGAACACCACGUGCCCCGAUACCGUGAGCGUCCGCGAAGAUGCAUGCGAUCAUGGCUCCAAUUAUUUGCCAACCGACUCAGGUGACUCAACCUCCAAAGAGUCUGAUUUCUCGCAACCAAGCACCGUGGUUGCUCUUGACAAACGACGCCCAUACUUGGAAGCGACAAGCCCAUACGCAUCCAUGCUAGGGGUAGUCCUUCUUGGAGUCGGGUUGAUGGCGUAUCUCAAUGGCUGGCAAAAAGUAGACAAAUAG